AUGGCACGUACCGCUCGAGUGAGGGAGCAGGCCGCGGCGCUCGUGCGGGCGGGCGAGGUGCGGACGCCUCUCGAUGCGCUGGCUAUGCUGGUGCAUGCGAUGGCUGUAGAAUAUGGCGUAGCGCCGCCUGCGAUGCCGGUGCGUUGGCGUUCAAGUCCGGAUAUGCAUGAGCUGACGUACGAUGCCAUUCAUUUCGUGGUCGUGCGGCUGGCGGCGCACACAGUGGUCCUGGCGUCGCGCACACAUGCUGCUGACGCUCAAUCUCCUUGUGCGCUGUCUGAGUGCCCAACCAGUGACUUUGUGGACAACGAUUCUGAGUAUAUACCAGACCGUGUGGAUGCUCUCGUCCGCAUGUGGGAACGCGACCUGUGGGACAAGGUGCUGCGCGUGAGUGAGGUUCGCGAAGUGACCGACGUCAAGGGCGUCCAUGCGCCCCUGUGUACAAGGGGCGACGCGCCGCAGCUCCGUCCUGUACCAGCGCUGGGUGACGUGGACCGCGAUCCGCUCGCGGCGAGCCCGGCGGUCCCGUUCGGAGGGCUGUUUCAGCCGCCGCGCCUCUUUCCUGCACGCGGCGACGGCAUGUGGAUGGGGCCACAGCACCCGCUCUUUGAUCGGCCGCGCGCACGCUAUGAUCCCGUCACGCCGCUGGGCGCCGGUGAGCCGGACUUUGACGAAUUUGCGCCGCCGCACAUCUUGUAA